CGUUCAUACAACUGGUGCACCCUCCCCAAUAUCGCAAUGCCAAUCAUCAGAGCGCAAGGCAUAGCUCAGGGCAUUGCUUGCCUUCGAGCAGGCAGAGCCGCUGGCCCUAUAGGCGCUCGCUUUGUCUCCAAUGCCACCAACCCGCCUGUGAAAACAAGCCCAUCCGACGCCCCGACGACUCCUCCCAAAGAUAGCUCUCUGAUUCGCAAGGAGGGGCCUGGAGAGGCAAUGGCUCGUCACCAGCCAGAUUACAAUGCGACUAUCGAUCAUGCCACCUCUUCCUUUUCUCCCGUGCCGAAGCGGGUUAUGGACGGAAGUGAGCCAGGAGACGUCGUGGCUGCCGCAGUUCUGUCUGGAGCCCCUACUGACCUGCAGGCACGAACUGUGAGAAUCUACAAACCCACCAAACCUGCGACUCAAUCUGGAACGUGGCACAGUCAUCAUUGGCGCAUGGAUUGGGAUAUUCUGCAAAAGGGCCAUCGAUGGGAAAACCCGCUUAUGGGCUGGCAGUCCUCUGCUGAUGCCAUGCAGGGAACUAACCUGACUUUCAAGAGCAAGGAGGAUGCUAUUCUUUUCGCUCAGAAGCAGGGUUACGAGUACUUCGUUCAGGAACCCAACGAGCGCAAAUUUGUGCCAAAGGCCUACGCCAAUAACUUCAACCAUGAGCCUAAGAAACUCAAACACAUCAGGACAAAAUAGACGACCUGUUGGUCAUGGUGUACAUAAGAUAUAUCGACUUUUUAAUGGAGUUUCUUGAGUUUUUCGUAUCAUAAUUCUUAUCCGUCCAAUCCAGCAACGUCAUUAUUUGGAUGAAUUCUGUUGUAUCUUUGUUAUCUACACGACUUAUAAGCAGGUAUCAUUACCCAUGGCAAGCUUAGGCUCGAUGUUAAGGUGAUUAAUUCAAGAUUAUUGAGGCGGGCAUGUUCCUGCACAUCUAUAGUGUCAAGAAUACAUAUGUACCAUUUAUCGAUGAUUUACUUAUUGCAAGGUCUAAUAUUACGAGAUCGGAGAGAAGC